AUGCUCCUCCUGCGCGCCAACCCGCUCGCCGCCGUACCGGCCUCCUUCUCCACGUUGCCGGCGGCGUCCUAUAGUUACUUCCCCUGGCCCUUCUCCUCAUCCACCACUGCCGCGCGCUGCUCCGUCGGCUCCACCGCUAGGCUCGCCGCCGCCGUGCAGUUCGAUCCCCUCCGCUCCGGCUCCGGCUCCGACCCGUGGGGCCAGCCCGACGGCGUGGUCACCGCGGAGGGCGGCGAAGAGCAGCAACGCGAUGACACGGAGGGGGACUCCAACGACUGGGAAGAGGAAGGGCCCCAAGGAUCGGACUCCAAGGGCAUCUCCGGCAUCCACGUGCCGCGCCAGCGCUACAUCGCCGUCCCCAAGGCGGCCCUCCUCGAUGCCGUCCUCUCGCAGUUCGCUUCCGACGCCGACGCCGCGGACUUCAAGCGCUGCUCCAGAUGCUUGGACGCCAUCCUUCACGCCGAGCACAAGAGGAUGCUCGAGGAGAUGCGCACCUCUUACAUGCUCACGCAACGCCACCAGGAGGAGGGCGAUGGCAGUGCCACUGACAAUUCUUCGACCUCCGACGUCGUCAACGGCAAAGCCUCCUCUGGAUUUUUUGGCAUUACCCAAGAAGACGGCACGUUGUUCCUUACUAGAAGCUUAGGCUUGAGAACUCUUCUCGGAUUAACCCCAGACCGUGAUUCCCAGACCAGAGUUGCUUUUGCAACUCAGUUUCAGCGUUCCUUCAUGAACCUACUACGCAAUGCUCAGUUUGAAGAGCUCUCCGCACAAGAUCUGCUCUUGACCUAUGCCCUGAAUAGCGAUUACCUCCUCACGCUGCCCAUUUAUGUCGAUUGGAAGAAGGCUGCUCAAUCUAAUGCAAUAAUAUUCAGGCGUGGAUAUGCAACCGAGAGACAGAAAGGCCUCCUGUUGGUUGAGAAACUUGAUUACUUGCAAUCAAAAUUCUUGCAGAAUGUCUUCUUCGGCCUCUCCAAGCCCUUGAAAAAGCCAGGCAAAUGGCUUAAUGAGGCUUUGAAAAGAUCAACAGAUAAUCCGGGAUUUCAGAUCUGGAUCGACAAAUUAAGACUCUGGCUUAAAGAGCAAACUUAUGCAGAUAAUUCACUGCUGUUGAUAGAAUGCUCUUCAUGGGACAAGCUUAGCUCUGAUCAGUUACCUGAUGCAGAUGUUCCUAUUUGGAUCGCUGCACAAAGGGCAGUCUCUCGUUAUGAAGGAAUUCUGUCACCUGUUGGUCCUCGUGGAAGACUGUUAAGAAGAUUGCUUAAAUGGACUGGGUUAAUACCUUCUCUGCCAGAAGCAACGAUAAGAUCCAACGAUGAAACUAAACAUCUUGAAGGACAUGUGAGGUAUCAUCCAUUUCAUGACUUCGUGGUUGUGGGUUCAAACUUUCUACCAAGAAUUACCCUUGCUAAUAUAUUGGCAACCUGCAAGCAGAUGGGCGCAUCUUUUUUAAACAAUGGCAAUAUCUGGGAGAUAGUGAAAGCUUCUUUUGGUAUACUGUUUGGGAGGUCUACUUCUCAUGGCAGACUUGGGUAUCAAAUUAAACUAGAAACUUGCCAGGAACCAGCAUUCCAGGAGUUAAUACUACUUUACACUGAUGAAGCUGCUCAAAGUGAAAAGAAGCAUACAUCUGAGAUGCUUCCACUACAACUGAAAAUUUAUGAGAGGAUUCUCGACCGUCGAUCCCAGAUCUGCCAGUCAGCUUUUCUUCUUGAUAUAGUUGCUGGUAGUGCACUUGUCAUACUUGCGUUCCGUGUGGCACUGGGCUACAAACAGACCCGGGAUAGAUACCAGCUUUUGGUGAAUCAAACACUAUAUGAGAAGACAUUGGCAAGUGGGUUUGGCUCGGUUUACUUCCUUCUCGAUGCUUCCGAGCAACAACAGUACAAAGAAGCACUUUUGGCAUAUGCUAUGUUACUCUGCAGAAAGAAGUAUCAGGUAUCAUCUCGUGCAAGCCUAAGAGAUACGUGCGAGCAGUUUAUGUACGAGAAAUUCAAGGCAAAGAUUGAGAUGCCGAUUGACAAGGCUAUGGAGACACUAGUGCGGCUGGGGCUGGUGAUUGAGCUUCCAACUGAUGACGGGUCAAGUGUGAUUGGUCUCCCAUGUUCGGAGGCGUAUGAGAUCCUGAAAAGCCGUUGGGAUGGCUUGUUGGAACACGAGACAGAGCAAGCUCCAAUGGCAAAAGAACAGGAUGGAUCCCCCAAGGUGCGCCACCCAGAAUUCCAAAGGAUGCGUGUAACUCUCACCAUAGGUGUCAUUGGUCUCUGUGUCACAGCGUACAUUCUUGGUGCUUGGCAAGGCACCUCAAACGGCAUUAGCUCUUCCUUAAUAAGUACCAGAACCCAGUGCAAAGAUCAUGUGCGGUCAUCUGGUGCUCGCCUGGAUUUCCAAGCCCACCACCAGGUGGGCUUCAAUGAAUCGGCACUUGCGGUGGAGAAAUUCACACCUUGCCUGCUCAAGUACAGUGAGUAUACCCCUUGCCAAGAUCCAAGGAGGGCUAGGAAGUUCCCAAAGAAAAUGAUGCAGUACAGGGAGCGGCACUGCCCAAAGAAAGAGGACAUGCUCCGAUGCUUGAUCCCUGCGCCUCCAAACUAUAACAACCCCUUCCAGUGGCCAAAAAGUCGCGACUAUGCUUGGUUCAAUAACAUCCCUCAUCGAGAGCUCAGUAUCGAGAAGGCUGUUCAGAACUGGAUUCAUGUUGAGGGAGACCUGCUUAGAUUCCCUGGAGGUGGCACCAUGUUCCCACAUGGUGCCGAUGCUUAUAUUGAUGACAUAAAUGCCCUUGUACCAUUGAAUGAAGGCAACAUCCGAACUGCACUUGAUACUGGAUGUGGGGUUGCAAGCUGGGGUGCUUAUCUUAUGAAGAGGAACAUCACCACCAUGUCUUUUGCGCCAAGGGAUUCUCAUGAGGCACAGGUACAGUUUGCAUUGGAACGGGGGGUACCAGCCAUGAUUGGAGUGAUAGGGACUGAAAGAAUCCCAUAUCCCGCUAGAGCAUUUGACAUGGCGCACUGCUCUAGAUGUUUGAUCCCAUGGAAUAAGCUUGAUGGCAUCUAUCUAAUUGAAGUAGACAGAGUUCUUAGACCAGGGGGCUACUGGAUCCUCUCUGGGCCUCCAAUCCACUGGAAGAGACACUACAAGGGGUGGGAGAGGACAGAAGAAGACCUGAAGCAAGAGCAAGAUGAGAUUGAGGACUUAGCGAAACGGCUCUGCUGGAAGAAGGUCAUAGAGAAAGGUGAUCUUGCUAUAUGGCAGAAACCUAUCAAUCACGUAGAAUGUGUUGACAGUAGGAAGGUCUAUGAUGCUCCGCAGAUUUGUAAGAGCAAUGAUGUGGAUUCUGCUUGGUACAAGAAGAUGGACACUUGCAUAUCUCCUCUCCCAGAUGUGAAGAGUGAAGAUGAAGUUGCUGGUGGAACCCUUGAGAGAUGGCCAAAAAGGGCAUUUGCUGUUCCCCCAAGAAUAAUUCGCGGUUCAGUUCCAGGCUUCACCCCUGAGAAGUUCCAAGAGGAUAACAAGGUGUGGUCAGAGAGAGUGAAUCACUACAAGAAAUUGAUUCCACCACUGGGCAAAAGACGAUACAGGAACGUGAUGGACAUGAAUGCAGGGAUAGGGGGUUUUGCAGCUGCAUUGAUGGAGUACCCUCUUUGGGUGAUGAAUGUUGUGCCUUCAGGCUUGGCGCAUGACACCCUCGGUGUUAUUUAUGAACGAGGGUUUAUUGGCACCUACCAGGACUGGUGUGAGGCUUUCUCAACAUACCCGAGGACCUACGACCUCAUCCAUGCUGAUAAAAUUUUCAGCAGUUACCAGGAUAGGUGUGACAUAACGUACAUCCUCCUUGAGAUGGACCGGAUUCUAAGGCCUGAAGGGACUGUGAUCAUCAGGGACAACGUGGAGGUGCUGGUGAAGGUACAAGCUAUCACUGGAGGCAUGAGGUGGAAGAGCCAAAUUAUGGAUCACGAGUCCGGUCCGUUCAACCCUGACAAGAUCCUAGUGGCUGUCAAGACUUACUGGACCGGGAAGCCAGUGCAAAAGCAAUAA